AUGGAUCAACAGAAUCCAAACGGAAAAUUGGAAUUGAAAAUUAGUGCAACUUUGAAACGACUGGAUCAAUUACUUGCACUACUGGAUGGCUACAAGCCCGUGUUAGAACAUAACGCAAAUAGUGCGGCAGUUGAAAUCAAAGCGAAUUUUGAUGGUUUGAUCGAUGCACUUCAUCAAAGACAAGUGAAUCUGCUGAAACAACUGGACAAAGUUUACAAGGAAAAGAUCGCACUGAUUGACAGUUCUAAGCAAACAAUUGAAGCUUUGCGUGCUGGAAUUACCUCCUGUGUCUCUACACGGAAUGCGAAUGACUCCCGAAUUCACGACUAUAUUGCUCGCUCGGAGUCCGUUUUACUCAAUUCUAGCUCCGCACCGUUUGUCUCCUUUCGCGCGGACCGCUCUACUUUGCAUCAAGCGAUCGCGAACUAUGGUCGAGUUGCAUCUCGUUAUUCCGGUCAUUUUGCUGAUCCUAGUCAACCAUCCACCUGUUUGCCACUAGCGGUCGAGGAAGAGGAUAACCAUGAAGAAUCACAUGAACACACAACUAUGUUCACUCACGUCUCUGGCUCAUGUUCUUGUGUGAAGCCUCAUUGGCGGCAGUGGUUAUUUAGUGCGGCUCACGACUGUACUCCAGCACAAACGCUUAAGGAUGAAGCCCAUAGACUGCCAACUCCAAUACUUCCAAAUUCGAACGCCACAAGCGAAGUUUUGUUAUUGGAACCUUAUGCGUCCACAAGUAACCCACGUAGUUCUCAGCCAUCGGCAGACACUACAAAGAAAGCAACUGAUAUAAUGUCCCCAUUGUCUGAUCUGUCGUGGACCAAUCGCUUCGUCACUUCGAAACGACACCUGAUGCUGCACGAUUUCAUUCGUUCAUCAGGACCGGCCUUUCGAAGGCCGUCGCAGGCGGAGUCCGAUUACACAGCCACGACUUCUUCGGACAGCUUUACCAUCCUCACGGGAUCUACGAAUGGCCGAAUGGAUGAUUUAAGGGACUGGCUCUUCUGUGACCCGACUGAAUUAGGAGAUAUGCCCGGACUCUCCGCAAUCCUUCCUUCCAUGCGCCAGAAACGGUUUUCUGCUUCGGAACAAUCGACGAGAGAACUGGUUCCUUGCUCUUCAACACAGUUUCGCCCCCCAACAGGUGUAUCAUCAACAACCACGCAAUCAAGUGCCAGUACAAGCAGUGUCACUUCAACAGUGCCACUGUUACCGGCACAUUUACUGAGUUCUGGGCCUGUUGAUCUAUCCCUUUGGUUACAGUCCCAGUCAGAACCAAAUUCUGGCAUGGAGCAGGAAUGUGAACAGAAUUUGCAACCCAAAAAGGACCCCCCGCUUGAACAACCUGAUCUUAUGGAAACAGUGACCAUAAAGGGCUGUCCUUAUGCUCAAUGCAUUGGCGGUCCGGGAGGACCAACAUGCUGUGGUGCUCGUAUGAAGUGUCCUAAUGCUGCGGAUGAUACAAUCACGGGACCCGCCGAUACUGGUAAUGUCGCUAACAACACGCCAACGGUGAGCCCUUCUGAUCCACCCUCCAAUUUAUCGUCUGUCACGACAAGUGGAAAUGUUCAUCCCGUCGUAGCACAGUUGAACCAAAUAGCCGCGUCGCACUGGUCCAAUUGGGUAGAACCUAAAACCGCAAACGGCAAUGUGGACAAUACUAGCUCACUUCCUGGCAUUCAAGGGCUUUCAAAUAAACCAUGGUUGUACGACAAUGAAGCAUCGGUGUUGAACACGGAUUUCAUGCUGUCAAUGAUGAUUAUGAUGACGGUUCGCAACGGUCUGUGUUUGUCGUCCGCCAUCUUUCGACGAGCUAUCAGUUCGUUAGCUCUAAGAGACCACCAAUCUAUCCUUGUCGUUCCGUUGUGUGAAGGGUUACCAGUUCAUUUGCCACCGAACUUUGAAGAAACCACAAAACAUUUGGAAGUACAGUUUGCUGCGGAAUCUAAACAUUUCAUAAGAAGACGUCAUUCAUUGCCCCCAACACGACGUGCGGAAUAUGCCGGACAACAUAAACUUGAUUAUCUGGAUCAAGUUUUGCAAAUGCACACUACUAGAACUGAAAUCCAAAUAGCAAUUUAUCUGUUCGCGUUGGAAGUUUGUUUGGGUUUGUCUACUGCCACUUCCUCUGCGCGUGCCCUACUUGACCUUGGCUGUGGUUCUAUGCACGCACUUGCCCCAAUAAGAUCGGUACUGCAGAGUAACUCUAUUUUUUCUAUUGGUAUUGAUUUGCCAAGUUCCAGUCUACCAGGCGAUGGCUCAAAUAGAAUACACUGUGAUCUUGUUAAACCCCCUGUGGUUCCUGUGCGUGACGCUUGUAUGGAUUUCAUAUUGUCCAUAUCUUUCUUACAAUGGUUGACAUCAUAUACGAUGAAAGCUACGUACCCGGCGAAAGCCAUCAUUGGAGACAUCGCCAGAAUACUCAGACCGGGUGGACAAUGUGUAAUACAGUUUUAUCCAUUGACUAAUGACGAACUGGAGUUAACGUGCAAGUGCUUGAAUAGAUCGAAACGGGGAGUGGGCGAGAUGGUUCAGUGGUUAAAGUGUGAAUUUACUGACCAGAAGGUCGGUGUUUCAAACCCGACCUCUACCUCUCGAAUUCCCCUCUCUAGACUUGAGCAACCUGGCAUUAUCCCAGCCGUCGUCCUUCAUUCCGGUUGCAUGGUAGUUAGCCAUCGAAAUGGCGCCACAGAUGAACGAUACAUUGACUGGCUCUCAUUGAUACAAGGAAAUACCGUCAGUCGCAGACAGGUAGGAGUUGAGUGUCAGUGA